UGGUAUGCACUUGUGUACUGCCUAAGGUAUAUUGUACUGACUGCUUUUCCAUACGGAUGUUACAUACACUCCCAACCAACGUACAUGUCCACCUUCUGACAUCUGAACGCCCGAAACUGUCCUCGUCAUCAACAGAGAGAAUAAAACCAACCCGCAAAAGAAGUCCCAAAAAAACGACUGAAAAACACCCAACCGUCCCGCCUCCUCCAACAUUGUCCAGCCUACGCCGCCAUACAUCCGCAUAUAUCACUCCCCACAGUCCCUUAUCCUUCACAACUCCCACUCAUUCGGACCCUAAAUCACUGCCCUCAAAAACACCCACAAAACACCCUCUUCCACGCCCAACCCCCACCCUUCACCCGUUUAGGCCCGCCCAAAAGCGGACUAUCCUCCUCAGCAGCCUGCACUUCGCGGCGGAGUUGGUCAAUUUCGUGGAGGAGGUGGCGGGAUUGUUCGUGAUCGGAGGCAUGCUGUGGCGAUUGUGGUGGCGGUGGGAGGGUGGAUGGUUUUGGUAUCUGUGGUGGCAAUUGUUUCGAUCUCGUUCCGUUCGAGGUAGCCGAUCGUGGAAUAAUACCCGCCACCGCAUCCGCAUCUCCACGCACACCCACCCCCGUCAGCGUCUGCACCUCCCCGAUCCAAUCCUUCACCCUCGCGCUCCGUUCCUCAUCCAUCGGCUCACUUAUCUCUCCCUGCGACUGCGACUGCGAUGCCAGCAUCGACCGGGUCAGCACCCUUGGCGGGGUCGGGACGGAGACCGUAAGUGGUAUAUGGUUAUUAUCGCGAGGGUCGUCGUCGUCCGGGUCGGGAUAUUCUUCCUUGUCCUCCUCCUCCUCCUGCUUGGGUGAUUCGACACGCAGUACAUUAUCCGAUGUGGGUGGUCUGACAACUUCCUGGUACUGACUCGUUCCUACAGCCGCCCUCAAAUCCCCACCGGACCC